CAGGGUUCUGGAUGGCCCUGGUGUCAGCGCCCAGAUUAGCUGUUCCCUCCCGGAUGGAUCCUGCUGUCCCUGGGCCACCGCCAGGCCCUGCGCCCAUCCCCUUCCCAUCCCCAUCCAUCCCCACUCGCCGCCUGUAGGGCUUCACCACCUUCACCCCUUCCCUCGCCCAGCCCCACAAGCAGCACCGCCCCACGUCCCAGGCUGCUGGGUGCAAUGAGUGCACUGGGAGCUGGAGGGGUUGUUGGGCCGGAUCCUGCCAAAGGCUGAGGUCCAUCACACUCAGCUCAGCAGCGUUAGCUUCACGAGGGAGCGCCUGGACAGACCCCAUCCCUGUCCUUAUCUCACUGCCUUCCUUCCCCAAGCCUCAUUCACAUUCGUGUCCCCAUCUCUGUUCCCAUCCCCAUCCCAACCUUACGCCACACACAAGGGUCGGAGCAGCCCCUUUGGGGUGGCCAUGCUCCCGCAGUGCCGACACAACCCCGUGGGCUGCAGCCCCCACAGGGGAGGGGUGUGUGAGGGGGGUGGGCACAGCAGGGCCGGCUCCGGCCGCAGGCGCUGACAUAACCUGGUUAUCCACGAUGGACGGCUGCAAUCAGCGCCGAGCGGCCGCUGCCAUAACUCACCGUGCCCCCUCCACCCCCCCCCUUCCUGGUUAUCGGGGCUAUAAAUGGGAUGCAGCAUUGGCACAGCGCAGACCCCGCCAUGAGCAGCCUGGAUGCCAUCCGGGAGGGCUAUGCACGCUUUGACCCCCACGCCUACCUGCAGAACAACUACGUGCCCCCCCGCGCCGACUUCUCCUCCGAGGAGUGCGUGGUGCCCUGGAAGCUGAGAUGUUUGGCCGAGACCUUCGCCAGCGGUGAGAUCUGUGGGCGCACGCUCAUCGACGUGGGCUCGGGCCCCACCAUCUAUCAGCUGCUGAGCGCCUGCGAUCACUUCGAGGAGAUCGUGGCCACCGAUUUCCUGGAGGUGAACCGGGAGGAGCUGCGGCGUUGGGUGCGGGGUGAGCCUGGAGCCUUCGAUUGGAGCCCCUUCAUCCAGCACGUCUGCAAGAUCGAGGGGCGCGGGUAGGGCAGGAGGGGUGGGGUGGGGUGGGGGGCACGUCGUGCUCCUGUGGAAUGCUGACCCCAAAUCCCCGUGGGACCGUGGCCCCGAGACCCCAUGGAGCUUCAUGCCAUGUCCCUGCAGAUCGCAGCCCCUUGGAUUUGUGGGUUGGGGGCUGAGACCCACUGCAGUCGUGGUCCCACAGCCCAUAGUGCUGAUCCCGGCAAGAUUCCUUUGGGAUCCCAUCCCCAGGUCCCUCUGAGCACUGUGCCGGUCCCUAUAGGAUCCCAGUGCUGUGUCCCCACAUCUGCCGUGCUGAUCCCCAGCCCCGUGUCCCCGCUCAUGCCAGGUUUUGGGAUUCCAUCUCCACAUUCCUGCGGAUGCUGUGCUGAUCCCUGCAGGAUCUCAUCCCCAUAAUCCUGCUAUGGGAUCCCUUCCCUGUAUCCCCCCAGGGUCCCAUCCCCACACCGUGCUGAUCCCUGUAGGUCCUGUCUAAUAUCCCUUGCAGACGUCAGGCUGAUUGCUAUGGGAUCCCGUCCCCACAUCCCUGUGGCUGCUGUGCUGCAGGACCCCAAACCCACAUAUCCCUAUUGAUGCCAGCUUGCUCCCUGCAGGACCCCAACCCCAAACCCCUAUUGAUGCCAGGUUGCUCCCUGCAAGACCCCAACCCCACAUAUCCCAUACAGCUCCCCCCCCCAAACCCCCUUCCCUCCGCUCCA